AUGUGGUGUAAGGAUGUCACCGAGGGAAUCAAGGUAGUCGACUUUGGAAAUGCCAUUCACUGCAUCUUUAAUGAACUUGCUCUUUACUAUAAUGAUUUCCAUCUUCAGACAUUACUGUACAGGGCACCAGAGGUUGCAUUUGGACUCCCAUUUGGACCGGAGGUUGAUAUAUGGUCAGUCGGAUGUAUUUUAGCCGAGUUGUACAUCGGAGAGCCUUUAUUCCCAGCCAAAGACAAGGAGUUUUUGUUGACAAGGAUGGUAGGCCUGCUUGGUCCGCUGCCUUGCACUCCAUUCAAUAGAGGCAAAUUCCACAAUGAAAUGAGAGGUUUCACAGGCAAGCCACAACCACCACAUGUCACUGUAAACAAGAUAAGGCAUUACUUGGGAGAUUUAACAGAUUAUAAUUUUGCUACUUUUCUGUUUGGUAUGCUAAAGUAUGAUCCAGCUGAAAGAAUGUCAGUAUCAGCAGCAUUUCAACAUCCAUUCGUUGCUCCUGAGGUUGCAGGCAGAUUCCUCUUACCUGUGUUAAGCACAUCCUCAACCUAUUCUACUCUGCAUCUUGAUCCCACUCUUUAUAGCAAAUCUCCUGAAGUAUCAGCAGAUAUUGCAAAAGAAUGUCUCUCUGGGGUUGGACUUCUCCGGAGAGGAACCUUUCGAAGGGCAGUUGCUGAGGUCUCCCCCUUCUUACCCAAACGCAAGUCAGCUUCACUGAAAGUGUGUCCGCAGACUGCCCGCACAUCAACAACACAAUAUUCACAAACAGGAAAACAAGACAAGAACGUUAUUCUAGGAACAGCUGUUGAUUUGAAGACUUCAAGAACUGGUGGGAAAUCACAUGUCAACAGGGAUGGCUUUGACUUUCACAUUCACAGUGGUGCUUAUUCUAGCAUCCACAGGGAUGCUGUCGAUCCUGACAUCCACAGUGGUAUUUCCGAUUCUCACAUCCACAGGGAUGCUGUAUAUCAUUAUGCCCACAGUGGUGUUUCUGAUUCUUGCAUCCACAGUAAUACUGUUGAUCCUGAUGUCCACAGUGCUUCUGAUUCCCACAUCCACAGGGAUGCUGUCGAUCCUCAUGUACACAGUGCCUCUGCUUCUGGAAUCCACAUUGAUCUUAGCAUUUGUGGUGGUGCCAGUGAUUCUCAUGUCCACAGUGAUGUCUUUAACUCUGACAACAACAGUAGUGCCUCUGAUUCUGGCAAUCACAGUAAUGUCAUUGAUGCUCAUGUCCACAGUGGUGCCAUUGACUCUUGCAAUGAUAAUAGUUCUUUUGUGGCAGAUUACAAAGAAUUUCAUAAUGAAGGUUUACAUAUAUCUAAUAAAGAGUGCAACAAAGGAUGGAUGGAAGACAACCAAAAUACAGAUGUUUUAUUUAUAAAUAGUGAAAAUCAGUGUGUGAAACAUUUAGAAGAGCCUGCUAUCCAACAGAAUGUAAACCCAUCAAGAGGGGGUUAUCGUAAGCGUAAGGCUUGUAGCUAUAUCCACAGUUCCAGCUCCCCACCUGCCAUUGAACAUACCUUGCCUCUACGGAAGGAAUCUGGAUUUGAUGUUACACCAAAACAAACUCUUAACAGUCAAACUUAUACACAGUGUAUGGCGCUCAGUGAUGCUAUUCAAAGUAAGAAUCCAAAAAAGAAAUCAGCUGAAAGGACACUUCAGUCAUUGUCUAGGUUGAAAAAACAAACAGAAAAAAAAUCUCAGAGACCGAGAAAAGUGUUUGAGCAUUUUAACAAAGCAAGACGAAUUGCGUUGAAGCGUGGAGUGGAUGGAUUUAAAGAACUUCAAGAGGAAGAAGAUUCGAAGGAUAAGCAAGAAAAAACUGAAGAUCCAUAUGAUAUUGACAGAAUGUUUAACGAAGUACAAACUCCAGUGAAAUCAUUUCAUGGAGAAAGAACAAAAUUCAAACCCAAUACUUCAAAGUCAAGAAAGAAUCUAUAUAGAAGCUCUCUGCAAAUUAAGGACGAAAAGAGGUUGAAAAUGAAAGACAAAAAAAGUGAUAUUUCAAGGAAAAUGUCAGCGCCCUCAAAUGUCAUGUACAAUAAUUUUUUCGGAAUUGAUAUUAAAAAAAGUGAUUACUCUGUUACACACACAAAGGAAAAUAAAGCAGCAAGUAAACUUAAGAAUGAAGUGCUAAUGAAAUCGAAAACUGAAGAGAAAAAAAAUGAAUGCUCCAAAGACAUUUUAAGUGUUGGUGGAAAUGGUUGUGAGGGAUACCAGUCAUCCAGCUGCUUCAAAGAUAUCGAUUCAGAAGUACACAUAGAAAAAACUGUUGAAAAUUGUGACAGCAAAUACAAUAGUGACUCAAUUGAGCAAGAUAAUGACACAAUACAUGUCAGGAGGGAAUUAAUUGAGAAAGACACUGAUAGGAAAAAAGAUUUACAUUUACCAGUAUUCAGAUUCAGAGAACACCAUAUAUCAGUUGCAGAACAUAAUGAUGAAAAAUCCUUUAAUUAUGUAUCAGUUGAAAAGAUUGAGGAUGAAACAUUUCAAAACAAUUGUGUAAAGGAGGAAGAUUUACAAUUGCUGUCUGACCAAGAGGAAGAUGAGGUGUUGUUACUCUGAUCAAUUCAUCUCAAGAUUGUUUGUAUUAAUAACACAUUUACCAGCAAUAAUCUGUACACUCAUGUUUUCACAACAGGUUGACUUUUGAAGUCCCUUAUGUACAGUAUAUUUUGAUAGCAAGGUUUCAGUUUUUACAAUCAAAAAACUCUAUAUUAUUAAUUCUAAUUAUUGCAUUUCUUAUUUACUAUAUAUAGUAUUAAAUAUAUUUUUAAUAAUUUUGUAAAAUAUUGUACAUAAUUUAUUAUUUAACUCUAUAUUAUUUAUUCUAAUUAUUGCAUUUCUUAUUUACUAUAUAUAGUAUUAAAUAUACAGUAUUAUAGUUUUAAUAAUUUUGUAAAAUAUUGUCCUUCGACAUAAUUUAUUAUUAUUUUUUUGACCAGCCUGUAUUGCAAAUAUUAUUUCUGGGAUCUGGUUAAUGUGCUUUCAUAACACAUGUUAUGAUAUUCAUGGCCAGAGGUUUAGGGAGACAAUACUGUAACUAAUACAGUAGUAAACAUGAAGAUAAGAAUUUGCAGUUGGGUUAGUUUCUGGGAGAAUUUUGUUAGUUGCAGGAGUGCAAUAAAUGCUAUAUGAUUGGUACAUUAUGAAUUAUUUUUAUUAGUAUUAAAAAAACAUUGUCCCAUAUCGGAACCAAAGUCUCCCAAGUGAACUUUAUGCCAAGAUGGUGUAGUCGUUCAAACGUUCAGUUAUUACUUGUACUUGUAGAAUAACCCAUAACUUGCAGUGCCAUAGAGCUGAAUUACAUAUGGACGUGGUCUGUGACUCUAGCUGCCAUAAAGGGGUGCUUAUAAUGACUACAUUUCCACAUCAUUCCAGAGCCUGAAAUGAACCAUAGCAUUGGGGUAACCCCCUAAUCUUCCGAAAGAUGCAAUGGGUUCUUUAUAGUGCACACGAGCCAGAUGUCUACGCUGGACCUCUAUUUUAAGUCCUUAUCCGAGAAGACUUGGUUCUACUAACCAAUACCAAUGUUAAGGUUAUAGUUAACAGCACCCCGCCUUAACACUCUGCCACUUGAUUCGCCAAGUUAGAGAAGUGUAUUGCAUUAAAUGAUAUUCAAUUCAGAUGAGGACAAUACCAAAUUUAAUAUAAAUGUUUGUACUGUAUGUUAUUUUUUUCUAGUGACCAGGCAAAUAAUGAUAAUCUGCUGUAUAUUUUUUUAUUCUAUUUGAAUGUAUAGUGUGAUGCUGAUGUUAAGGUUGUAGUUAUUGGCAAUCCUGCCUUAACGCUCAGCUACUCCACUCACCAAAAAAUGUAUUGCAUUAAACAAUAUUUAAUUCAGAUGAGGACAAUAUUUAUUGUUUCUAAAUACAGUACCAAAUUUAAUAUAAAUGUUUGUACUGUAUAUUUUUCCCAGUGAACAGGCAAAUCAUAAUCUGUUGUACUGUACUUUAUAUUUUUUCUAUUUCAAUGUAUGUAUGUGAUGUAUAUUAUAUUCAAUGAAAUUAAUUUAAUAAAAUUAAUUUAUUAAAAGUAGAAAGAAUCUACAAAAUACA